GCCGCUGCUGACAUCGAUCGAGGCUGAAAGACCAGCAGUGCGUCGAGCCUGUUACUAUCAUCCCGUUCAAACAGCACGGAAAUUUGGAAUAAUUGAAAAUGGGUAAACAUCUGCAAACUGUUGCGGCAAUGGCCUGCAUGAAGACGCUGUUGAUACUCUUCAACUUUGCAUUUGGGUGCACCGGAGUGCUGAUGCUGUGUGUUGGAAUCUGGAUGCGUAUUCAGCUCCGAGAGUACGUAGAUAUGAGCAUUGAAGGUAGCGGUGCAGCGCCUCUGGCUCUGGCCUGCCUCGGCAUCCUCGUAGUCGUAGCUUCUAUCUUGGCAUGUUGUUGCACGGCACGUGGACAUCCGGCACUCUUAUACCUCUACGGAGCAUUUCUGGCGGUUGUGGUACUCCUAGAGCUGGGAUCAGGUGCCUCCGUUUAUGCAUACCGCAACGCUCUGACCGAGGGCUUCGAUCAAGGGCUCAAUGAAAGCUUGGUUCUCUAUGUAGACGACCAUAACAAACAGCAUGAUAUAGAUACCAUGCAGUCUACCCUGCAUUGCUGUGGAAACCGCGGCUACACUGACUGGAAGUCUAUAAACUUACCGGAAGAGAUUCCUAAAUCUUGCUGCAAGCAGCUUGAAAAACCGUGUGACUCUUCGAAUCUGGAUAACGUGUAUACUCAGGGCUGCUACAACCGGGUCGUGGACUUCAUAAACAGUAACAUUGGCUUGGUGGCUGGUAGUGCUGUAGGUGUUGCAUUCUUUCCUCUGAUUGGAGUCUUCCUUGCUUGUUGCCUUGCCAGUAAUAUCAACAAAGCCAAAUACGAGCAAGUUGCCUAAUUGAAUGACAUUGCGUGACGGUUAUUCACGAAAGAACGCAAUUAAACGAACAGACACAAAAAUCAGAGUAAUUAUGUCGUUAUGACUUAUUCAUUUACUGCUGUAUGUUUGUGUACAUACGUACUUAUUUAUUACGAUAUGUACCGCUAUACGAUAUUCAUUUCAGUUUUGAAACUUUGUGUUAAAGUAUCAGAAUGCCAAUGGGAGAGGAACUUAUAUAUUAUAAUUAUAUGUCAAUUAAUCAUU